GGCAACAUGGAUUAAUACUUUAUAAUGUACUUAAGCGUUGUUAUUCAACGCGGAUUAUUAUAUUUAAUGUUAUUACUUGGUAAGAUGCAUGUGAAAUGGCGUAUGAACUCUGAGGCAUCUACAACCAAAUACUUAAAUUUAUUGCAAUUAAGGCGUACCAACUCAGAUAACGUGUUUAGGAAUUUGAUUUUGACAACCUACCAGCUUCAAAUGAAUGGUUAAUUAAUUGCAAAUCUCUGUAAUGUAGACUCCAAAAACAGAGUUUGACUUUGUUGAUGAAACUAACUGGUGAAAAACGAUGAAUUUCCUUUGAUUGCUGAUGGUGCUGAUAAACCAAUGAAAAAGAUUCUUGAUUUUCAAAUUAACUUUUUUUUCAGUUCAACAUUAAUCAAAAACCUCCUUGUACGAUGAUGGCUCAACACGAAAUCGACAUACCAAGCAACCAGUUGCAGGGGGAUGUAGUAAAUGAUGAUCCAGUAAGGAACAUAUUUUCCAGAUUACAGCGUCUUCAAAUUCUGAUGGAUGAAGCAGAGAGGAGAAGCAUCAGGGAAAAAGUGGCCAGGGAAUGGCUGGAAAAAUUCAUCAAGGUGACUGAUAAGGUGGAAGAUUGGUGGGAUGAGUUUAGAGUCAUCACCUCACAGAAAUCAGGAAUUCAGGUUGAAGAAGAUAUUUCAGAUGACGAAGAAGGAGGAGCUAAGAUAAAUGCCAAGAAGAAAAUGUCAAUAUGGUUUUCAUCAUCGUUGAAAAAGGUGCGCAGUUCAUUUUCAUAUCUCUCUUCACUAAUUAAAAAUGAUAGCAAUGAUCAUAUUGCUUCAAAAACCAAGGAUUUAAUUGCCAGUUUAGACAACAUUCUUGAAGAAGCAGCUAGAUCCAAUGUCUUUGAUCGCAAUGGUGGUGGUGGUGGUAGUAGUAGUAGUAGUCAAUCUCCUGCAAUUUUGGGCCCAAAUUUUGGUGAAAGUCAACCUGUUUCUAGCUCUGUUAGUGAUCUUCUCCAAAUUUUAGUUCCCGAUGUUGGCAGCAGCAAUAACAGAAAGGAAGAGGAAGUCAAGAAGAUCAGAAUGAUCUCGUUACCAGCAGAGUGGGGUUCUGAGAAUACCACCAUAGUUAAACAGCUCUUUAAUGAUAAGAAAGUGAAGGAGUAUUUUGAUGUUAGAAGAUGGAUCAAUGUUCCAUCUGGGUUCGAACCAGCAGCCAUUGCUAAUAAUCUCCUUGGGGAGAGACAAGAAGAAGAAGAAGAAGAAAGCAGGGAAGAAGGUCCUCAACUGCCGUGGGAUUCAUUAUUGAGAAUGAUAGAAGAGUAUUUUAGACCUAAGAGAUUCCUGUUUGUCCUGGAAGAUGUUGACCUAACUCACUGUCCUGAUGUCAUAAAACUCAUGAUGUCCCUCCGCAAGGGUGUUCCACGGAGCACCAUUCUUGUCACAUCACGCGUUCCCUGGGAGAAGCUACGCACUGAACUCCCGUAUAGUGUCAUCUAUAAUCCAGCUGAAUUCUCGCCCCAAAAAGGCUGGAAAGCUCUGAGAGAUAAUAUGUUAUUGUCUCAAAGACCUGACUUCUCUGCAAGAUGGGGCGAGAUUGGGGAGGGAAUUGUAACAAAAUGCGGGGGCAUGAAAUUCAAUAUAAAGAUUAUUCAAAGUCAUUUACAGUUCAAGGACACUAUGAAAGAGUGGGAACAAGUGCUGCACCAUGAGAUAUGGGAGAUGGAAGACGUCAAGAAACUUGGUUACGGUCCUCUAUACAUCAGUUAUAGUGACCUAACUGUACCAUUGCAGCGUUGCUUCUUGAGCGUCGCGUCGCUUGGUUGCGACGCUGUCAUAAAUGUUGAGAACCUUAUUAGAUUGUGGAUGGGGGAAGGUUACCUUGGCCCUCCAAACCAAACAGGUGAUCAUGAUAAAAAGUUGGAGAUGAAGGGCCUCCAAUACUUCAAUCAGCUGGUAUCCCGUUCAUUUUUCUAUAACCUGGUCAAGAGUUCUGUUCAUAAAGAUAAAAUCAUAAGUUUCCAGAUGGAUGUUCGAGUUCAUGGUUUUGCUCAAUGGCUUCUGCAUAAAGAAACUCCAACUUCUUCUAAUGGCCAUGACAGUUCCCUCAUUCCUUAUCCCCGAUAUCGUUCUCUCAUGAAACCAUCCGGACUUUCCCCUGAAGAAUUGUCACAGUUCAAGAAUGUAAGGAUGUUGGAUUUAUCUUAUUCUAAACUAAGAAAAAUUCCAAGAGAGAUACGAAAUUUGAUUCUUGUACAAUACUUGAACCUUAGCGGCAACCCUUUGAAGCGAUUGCCGGGCUCAAUCUGUGAUCUAUCCUAUCUGGAAUUCCUGGAUGUUCAUCUCUGUUACAUGCUGUCUAAACUUCCUGAAAGAAUUGGGAAGCUCGAGCGAUUGAGACAUCUUAGAAUUGAUCACACUACAGACGAGUUACAAAAUACAUUGCCAAAAGGGUUCAAGAAACUGAGCACUUUGAGGACUUUGGAUGUGUUCAGGGCCGGUGGUGAGUACAGUGAUAUCGCGGCAUUGGUGGACUUUGAUGAUCUUGAAGAAAUAUGCAUUGUCAUUCACGGCAAAGUAUUAUUUGAGGAUGCAAAAUUGCAUAGAAAGAACAAGAUGAAAAGCUUGGAAUUGUGUUUUGUCGGGGAAGGUCGGGGUGCGGAAGCCAUAACAUUCGUCAGGGCAUCAGUCCCACCUCCAAACUUAGAAAUGCUAAAGUUUGAGGGUUAUCAUGGACUGGAACUGCCAUCAUGGGCUCCUCAAAUGAAAAACUUGAAGAGGUUAACUGUAAGAUCAGCUUUGAAGCUCUCCUCCUUGCCUGAUUUGUGGAAAAUGCCAUCUCUUGAGUUUCUUUGGCUUGAUGACCUCCCAGGAUUGGAACGUAUAGAUCGGAAAUUCCUUGGACUCUCUAAGAUCCAAGAGCAAAGUUCAUUGGAUUGGGUUACAAUUGUGGGAGUGAAGAUAUUUCCAAGGUUGAAGACAUUACGAAUCGAAUGUUUGGAAAAGUGUGAAAUCUGGGAAGAUAUAAAUGAGCAUGAUGUGACGCGCACUUUGAAAAAGAUCUCCGUGAUGACAAAGUUGGAAGAGCUAAUCAUUAAUGACUGCCCAAAGCUUAUUGUUUCUGAUGAAGGCGGCCCCAAGGCAGACCAGCCAAAACUGCCCAGACGCAUGCUUACAAGGAUAAACUCGAACCUCAAGCUUUCAAUAAACGGCACGUGUUAUACAUACACAAGCAACUGAUAAGGGGAAGUAACGAAAGUUGAAGUGGAGACACAAUCAAGCUAUAUGUGGUUUGCUUUCGGAUCAUUUUAAUUUGUCUUUGAAUGCCAUUUGUAACUCGAAAUGUUUUUGUUUUUCUUGUGUUCUCGUGUGUUAACGCUAUGAAGCUAUAAGGCUUUCGGAACUGAUUCACUGUUACUGAUCAGUAUAGUCACUGAUGUAUUAAUCCUUCAUUUGUGGUUCAUGUAAUGAUAAUAAUUGGCACUGAGGUUAAAUCAGAACUUUCUUGUGUGUGAAAACCAUUUGUAUGCAGCAUCAAUUGCCAAACAAAU